AUCCCUCACUCACUCUCGCUCUCGAUAAAUACACACACACAGAGGCACUCCCCAUUUGAAAAAAAUUCAAUUCAAUCAAACAGACGGAACAGAGAAGAAAGUGUAAUCUCAAAAUCACCUCAGAGGCACGAAAGAGUGCCAUGGACUCCGAUUCUACUCGUGCCCGUAUCGACCAGUUCUUUUCAUCCAAAAAGAAGAGAAAAUUUGUGUCACCAGCGUCGAAAUCUGAUAGACCAGAAAAAGAAGCGAAAACCCAAAUUGAAUGUUCACCUAAUGCCAAAGGGUCUUUGGUGAGCUAUUUGGAGACCUCACCUGCUAAGUGUGUUAACUCUGCUUCGGAUGAGAAGACGAGGCCGAUUCCAGUAAAGAGGAAUUUGAUUUUGGAGGCGGAUCGCUUAUUGUCUAAAGAUGACAAUGAGGGUGCUCUCCACUGGCGGCCACAAUGUUCUGAAGCAUCCGGAGCUGCUCCGACAAUGGAAAAUGAAUCUUUGUCUGUUAUAGCUAACAAUGCUGUAGAAGGUGCUCGAAAAGAUUCCUCUGUAAUGGGGGCCCUUGGGCGGAGCUCUAACCUCAAGCAGUUUACCAAUAGUUUAUUGUCAUUGUACUGCGGUGGGCUACAGAGUAGUGUAAAUUUGCCUUCAGAAACUAAAGAGAUUGCAGAUAAAAGACAUUGUAGCCGCCCAUCAGCCCUUCAGCUAGAGGAGGAAACCUCCGGGAGGAGGCAUUGCGAGAAUCCAUCCAAAACUCAAAAUGAAUCCUUUUCCUCUCCCAAGGGCGGCCGGCUAAAAAAUGCUGAGGGACCUGCGGAUAUUGGUUUUAAUCAUCUGGAGAAGGAUGUUGCACAACCAAGUUUGAGAAAAUGCAAUAACAUAACUGCUCUUAGUACAGCUGAAUGUGAAACACCUGCUUCUUUCCCAUCUAAACUUGGAGCGCGAGAAACUCCCCAGUCAACACGAGGAAGCUCAUCGUUCUCUCCCGGGGAUGCAUUUUGGAAUGAAGCAAUUCUAGUUGCUGAUGGGAUUACUAAUCCUAAUGCUGAUCUUUCUUCUCAUGUCGCUGAGACUAAUGAGGCUUUAAAAGUGGAUUUCAGUACUCGUAAUUCAAACAAUGUGAAAGACAGAGGUUGUGUUCAUCUGUUAAAUAGUGCUCGGGAUGGAGUUACACAUUCAGUUUCUGAUUUUCGUGCUGGUUCUGCCAUGGGCUCACCGGGGAUGCAUCUGGACAAGGAGGUUUCACCACUUCCUGUGAAGCACUUUGAUUUCAGUUUGGAGGCUAAACAUCUUGACAAGGAGAUACCAGCUGAUGCUAAUAAAACCAAACCUGACAUUUUAACAACCAAAGAGACACUUGUCUCUAUCAAUCAACGCAAUUCCCAGUGCUAUACUCUCACGUGCAGUAGCUCCAAAGAUCAAAUCAAUUCGAAAAGGAGUGUUGAAGAUUUGAAGGAGAACAUCCAUGAUGUUGCAUACAUUACACCGAAUAGUGAUUAUAAAAGGGUUGUUGCUAAUGAACUCAAAAGUGAUUGCACUCCUGCAAGUUCUUUGGUGAAGGGGUGUUUGGAUCUCAGUAAUUGGCUUCCUCUUGAAAUAUGCCAAAUAUACUACAAAAAGGGCAUAUCAAAGUUGUACCCCUGGCAGGUUGACUGCCUCCAAGUGGAGGGUGUAUUGCAUAAUCGAAAUCUUGUUUACUGUGCAUCCACAAGUGCUGGUAAAAGUUUCGUCGCGGAGAUACUAAUGCUACGGAGGGUUCUAGCAACUGGAAAAAUUGCACUUCUUGUGCUUCCAUAUGUGUCUAUCUGUUCAGAAAAGGCUGAACAUCUCGAAGUUCUUCUAGAACCAGUUGGUAAGCAUGUUCGUAGUUUUUAUGGAAAUCAGGGUGGUGGUUCUCUUCCGAAGGAUACAUCUGUCGCUGUCUGCACUAUCGAGAAAGCAAACUCAUUGAUUAAUAGGUUACUUGAAGAGGGUCGCUUGUCAGAACUUGGCACCAUUGUGAUUGAUGAACUGCACAUGGUUGGUGAUCAAAGCAGGGGUUAUCUUUUGGAACUAUUGUUGACUAAGCUUCGCUACGCAGCCGGUGAAGGCAAUGUCGAGUCUUCUAGUGGUGAAAAUUCAGGGUCGAGCAGUGGGAAGUCCGAUGCUGCUCGUGGCCUCCAAAUCAUUGGAAUGAGUGCAACGCUGCCAAAUGUGUCUGCAGUUGCUGAUUGGCUUCAAGCAGCUCUUUAUGAGACAGAAUUUCGACCUGUUCCAUUGGAAGAAUUCAUCAAAAUUGAGAGCACGAUAUACAACAAAGAAAUGGAAAUUGUUAGGACCAUUCCAAAGGUGGCUGCACUGGGUGGUAAAGAUCCGGAUCAUAUAGUUGAACUCUGCAAUGAGGUUGUCCAAGAGGGUCACUCGGUGCUAAUAUUUUGUUCUAGUCGGAAAGGUUGUGAAUCAACUGCAAAGCAUAUUGCAAAGUAUCUCAAGGGAUUUUGUGUGAACCCUCGCGGUGAGCAAGGCGAGCCUUUUGAUAUUGCUUUUGCUAUUGAUUCGUUGCGAAGAUCUCCUGCUGGGUUGGAUCCUAUACUUAACGAAACUCUUCCUUUUGGUGUUGCCUACCAUCAUGCUGGGCUUACGGUUGAGGAAAGAGAGACUGUUGAAAUGUGUUACCGCAAGGGACUUGUACGUGUCUUGACUGCUACUUCAACUCUAGCAGCUGGGGUUAAUCUGCCUGCUCGGAGAGUCAUUUUCAGACAACCACGCAUCGGUCGUGAUUUUAUUGAUGGGACGAGGUACCGACAGAUGGCUGGACGAGCAGGUCGGACUGGCAUAGACACAAAGGGGGAGAGCGUACUAAUAUGCAAGCCAGAGGAAGCCAAGAAAAUAUUGGCACUUCUUAAUGAUAGUUGUCCUCCACUUCACUCAUGUUUGUCAGAAGAUAGGAACGGUAUGACCCAUGCAAUACUUGAGGUUGUUGCUGGAGGAAUUGUUCAAACUGCCAAUGAUAUUCAUCGAUAUGUAAGAUGUACUCUUCUCAAUUCAACGAAACCCUUUGAAGACGUGGUGAAAUCAGCACAAGAUUCUCUUCGAUGGUUAUGCCAUAGAAAGUUCCUCGAAUGGAGUGAUGAAACUAAGUUAUACACCACUACACCCCUUGGACGUGCAUCAUUUGGCAGUUCUCUCUGUCCAGAAGAAUCACUUAUUGUGCUGGACGAUCUCAUGAGAGCAAGAGAAGGUUUUGUUCUAGCUUCAGACUUGCAUUUGGUAUACUUGGUAACUCCCAUUAAUGUAGAUGUGGAACCAGAUUGGGAACUGUACUAUGAAAGAUACAUGCAGUUAUCUUCUUUAGACCAGUCUGUUGGCAACCGAGUUGGAGUAAAAGAACCUUUUCUGAUGCGUAUGGCUCAUGGCGCGCCUUCUAGAUUUCUGCACAGAUCCAGGGAUAGUGGCAAAAGCUUGCAGGGAAAAUAUGAUCACAAACCUGGGACGUUAACCCAUGGCGUGCUCUCGGAUGAGCAAAUGCUUAGAAUGUGUAAACGGUUCUAUAUUGCUCUUAUCUUGGCCCGGCUUGUGCAGGAAGUACCUGUUGGUGAAGUUUGUGAAGGUUUUAAAGUUGCCAGAGGCAUGGUUCAGGCCUUACAAGAAAAUGCUGGAAGGUUUGCAUCAAUGGUUUCAGUGUUCUGUGAAAGGCUUGGUUGGCAUGACCUUGAAAGUUUAGUCGCCAAAUUCCAACAUCGUGUUUCAUUUGGAGUUAGAGCAGAGAUUGUAGAACUUACUGCCAUUCCUUUUAUUAAGGGUUCCCGAGCUAGAGCACUCUAUAGGGCUGGUUUACGAACACCUCAAGCCAUUGCUGAAGCUUCAAUUCCUGAAAUUGCCAAAGCGCUUUUUGAAUCUUCUUCAUGGAGUGGUCAGGACAUGGAGGGUGCCGCACAAAGGAAAAUACAAAUGGGAGUUGCCAAGAAGAUUAAAAAUGGUGCUCGGAAAAUAGUUCUUGAAAAGGCUGAAGAGGCAAGGGUUGCUGCAUUCUCUGCCUUCAAGUCUCUUGGACUUGAUGUUUCUCAGCUCUCUCGGCCAUUAGAGGCCCCUCGAAAAGAGCCUGCAUCAUCGUCAGAAGAGGAGUCUACAAGUAGCUAUGCUUUCCUUCAGCAUUCUAAGAACAUUUUAGACUCUCCAUCGGUUGUCGUCAGACGUGUUGAGGGAGACCAACCUAUAGACCCUCUACCAGCUGGUUCAGUUGAGGAAAAUUCAGCAGGAAAUGCAGGUGGUAAAAUGCAUUUGGAAAAAUGUGUGUUGAUUGAACACACUACUAAUCCCGUUAAUGGAAAGAUACAUAUUACUAAUAACUGCACCAGUAAUCCAAAAGGGUUCGCUCCUGAUCCAUCAACAGAUAUUGGUGGCGUUAAGCGUCAGUUAACAGAGAAUAUUGAUCAUGUUGGAGAACAGCUGCCCGAAAAUAAAAAUAUAUGCAUGGGAAGCAGGGUAAACAAGCUAGAAAAGGGUCCUGUCAGUGUAAUUAGUAUUCCUGGCGGAGUCGAUUCUUUUUUGGAUCUAUUGGAUGCUACUACUGAGUUCUUUUUUGAUAUACAUUUUACUAAAAAAUCUGAACUGAACUCUACUACUCCAUUUGAGAUACAUGGCAUAGCCAUCUGCUGGGAGGAUUCUCCAGUGUAUUACUUAAGUAUUCCAAAGGACAUAUCCCGCUAUAACAGCAAACAAGAUGAUCAUUCUAUGGGCAGCAAGGAUGUUCUACCGCUAAAUAUGCAGGUGGAGAUUGCCAAGAAGAGAUGGACUAGGUUUGGGGCUAUAAUGGGGAAAAUGGAUGUCAGGAAGUUCACUUGGAACUUAAAAGUUCAAAUUCAGGUGCUAAAGCGCCCUGCUGCUUCUGUCCACAAGUUUAGCACCCCACAUGGAGGAAUCAAAAGUUUGGGUUUGGAUCUUAUAGACAAUUCAUAUUUUAUGUUUUCUCCUGCUCAUGUGAGGAAUGCAAUUGAUCUGUGUGUCGUAGCAUGGAUUCUUUCGCCUGAUGAGGAGAAAAGUUCUUCUCCUAAUCUGGAAAAGGAAGCUAAAAGGAGGUUAUCCAGCGAUGCUGCUGCAUCCACUAACCGUAGUGGUAGAUGGAAAGAUCAGACGCGGAGAGCUGCACAUAAUGGAUGCUGCCGCAGAGUCGCACAAACUCGAGCUUUGUCUUCUAUUCUAUGGAAAUUACUACACUCUGAAGAACUAAUUGAACCACUUAUAACCGUUGAAGUUCGAUUGGUCAAUAUUCUUGCUGAUAUGGAGAUAUUGGGAAUUGGUGUCGACAUGGAAGGAUGCCUUAGAGCGAGGCAGGUGCUUGGAAAAAAACUGAAGUUGCUGGAGAAGGAAGCUUACAGAUUAGCUGGCAAGACAUUCUCAUUAUCAAUGCCUGCUGAUAUAGCAAAUAUUCUCUAUGAACAUUUGAAUCUGCCCAUGCCUGAAGGUUACGAAGGGAAGAACCACCACAGCACUGACAAACAUUGUCUGGAACUGCUCAGGGACGAGCAUCUUAUAGUCCCAGUUAUCAAGGAGCAUCGGACAUUGUCUAAGCUCUUCAAUUCUACUUUGGGAUCAAUUUGUUCACUUGCUAGGCUCUCUGUGAGGGCCCAGAAGUACACUCUGCAUGGUCGUUGGCUCCAGACAUCAACAGCAACUGGCCGACUGUCAAUGGAGGAGCCUAACCUCCAGUGUGUUGAGCAUAUGGUUGAGUUCAAAACAAAUGAAGUUGAUGGGGAAUCUUGUGCCAGCCACUAUAAAAUCAAUGCUCGUGAUUUCUUUGUUCCUACUCAGGACGAUUGGGUACUUUUAACUGCAGAUUAUUGCCAGAUAGAGCUGAGACUUAUGGCCCAUUUCUCAAAAGAUUAUUCAUUGAUUGAGCUGCUAACUAGUCCCCAGGCUGAUGUCUUUACCAUGAUUGCCGCAAAAUGGAGUGAGAAACAUGAGUCUAGUGUGAGCUCACAAGAUCGAGAGCGAACAAAGAGACUGGUUUAUGGAAUCCUCUAUGGCAUGGGGCCAAACACACUGGCAGAACAGUUGGACUGCAGUGCAGAUGAAGCUGCGGAAAGAAUUCAAAACUUCAAGAAAUCGUUCCCUGGGGUUGCGUCCUGGCUUCAGGAAGCAGUUACAUCUUGCCAUAAGAAAGGUUAUGUAAAGACCCUUAAGGGACGAAAACGUUUCUUAUCAAAUAUUAAAUUUGGUAACAGUAAAGAAAAAUCCAAAGCUCAGAGACAAGCUGUGAAUUCUAUAUGUCAGGGAUCUGCUGCCGACAUAAUAAAAAUUGCGAUGAUAUGCUUACAUGAUGUGAUUGGUGAUGAUUCUGAAGCAUUUGCCCCAAGUUUUAUAGAUGCCGAAAAAUUUCAAUUGCUUAAAGGUCGCUGUCGGAUCCUUCUACAGGUACAUGAUGAACUCGUGCUGGAAGCUGAUCCUUCAAUUGUAAAGGAGGCUGGGUUGUUGCUCCAAACAUGCAUGGAACGAGCCGUCUCACUUCUAGUUCCGUUGCCUGUCAAGAUAAAACUCGGGAAAACAUGGGGUUCGUUGGAACCUUUUGAUCCUAAUUGUUAGCUAGUCAUGAGCUAUACUUCAUUAACACUUAUAUAUGAGGAAACAGUUUGAUCUUUCAGUCUAAGUUGUCUUUUCAUUUCCUGUUGCUUGUACAUACAAUUCGCUUGGCCAUGAACUCGAGCUCAACGACUGCUAGCCAUGCUCGAGUGAAGAGAACCAAACGCAUACGUUUGGAAUGAGGCACUACAACAAAAAAGAUAUAUUGAGGCACUUAGGAUUCGCGCACUCCAGUUUUCUCUCUCAUUUUGGCGGAAGAACUCCCACGUCUUAAAUCUCUUUCAAUUUCACUCAAAACCUACCAAUUGCCCUAUCUCACACUCGACUCUCUCCUUUAUCACACUAAUUUUCCAAUCUACGUUAGCAUAAAAAUACAAAAUCUGAAAAUCCUUUGAAUUUUUCACCAUUGUGCCGCCGAUAUCUCCUGGAGCAGCACAUCUCUUGCGCCAACCGACAUCCCGCAGCUGCGCUGUUGUCACUGCUGAGCGGCCGAUUUCUGCCGACGUGCGCUGCCGAUAUCCAACAUCUGCUUUCAGCCACUGUUGCGAUUUGCAGUAUCCCCAAAUUAAAAGCGUCUUCUACGGUGAAGAGCAAUCGCACAAUCGUCACCUAUAGAUCUUCGGGACAAGCCUGCACUUGAGAUGCCUUUUGCUUCUCAAAACUCCAGUUCUUUCACAAGAGUGACUAUCCUUCCAUGGCUCGGCUGCUGUUCCUGAUAACGGAUUCGGAAGGAGGCCUAAUCCUUCUGCAAUACUAAGAAAUGAAACUACUGCAUCUAUACCUGGCUGGACAGAGAAACCCUUGUAGAAUACCAAUUUUUCGCAUACAACUCGAAAAAGAGAUGAGAAGGCAGUACCUGCCUUAUUGGCUUAUUUUUUUUAUAGUCUACUGUUUAAAGCAGUAAAAGAUUUUAAUCAUCUAUUCAGUUCUCCCUGAUUUUGGUCAAGUGUACAGUUUCAUAGGCAGUGUCUUUGACCCAAAUGUGACUGGCCAUUUGCAUAAAUUGAAGAAGAUGGACCCAAUUGAUAUUGAGACAGUACUAUUGUUGAUGAGAAAUCUCUCGAGCAAUUUGGCUAGUAGUGAUUUUGAGGAUCAUAGAAGGCUGCUUUCAUCAUAUGAGACUGACCUCGACAAGGAUGAUGCUUUUGAUGUAACUGAUUCUAUCCUUUGUAGCCAAUCUGAAGGUGCAGGCUAACUUUGUGUAUUAUUGUAGCCAAAAGAAUAUGAUAUGAUUGUAUUUGUACAAUAAGUGUCUUUUUUACACUUAUUUAUAUAAUAAUUUUAGAGCAUACAUUUUUAAUACUA